AUGACACCCUCCAUCAUGGUGUAUAACAAUGGUACAAUGACACCCUCCAUCAUGGUGUAUAACAAUGGUACAAUGACACCCUCCAUCAUGGUGUAUAACAAACAAUGGUACAAUGACACCCUCCAUCAUAAAACUGAUACACCUGACACCAUAAAUGAUACACCUGACACCAUACGUGAUACACCUGACACCAUACGUGAUACACCUGACACCAUACGUGAUACACCUGACACCAUACGUGAUACACCUGACACCAUACGUGAUACACCUGACACCAUACGUGAUACACCUGACACCAUACGUGAUACACCUGACACCAUACGUGAUACACCUGACACCAUACGUGAUACACCUGACACCAUACGUGAUACACCUGACACCAUACGUGAUACACCUGACACCAUACGUGAUACACCUGACACCAUACAUGAUACACCUGACACCAUACAUGAUACACCUGACACCAUACGUGAUACACCUGACACCAUACGUGAUACACCUGACACCAUACGUGAUACACCUGACACCAUACGUGAUACACCUGACACCAUACGUGAUACACCUGACACCAUACGUGAUACACCUGACACCAUACGUGAUACACCUGACACCAUACGUGAUACACCUGACACCAUACAUGAUACACCUGACACCAUAAAUGAUACACCUGACACCAUACGUGAUACACCUGACACCAUACGUGAUACACCUGACACCAUACGUGAUACACCUGACACCAUACGUGAUACACCUGACACCAUACAUGAUACACCUGACACCAUACGUGAUACACCUGACACCAUACGUGAUACACCUGACACCAUACGUGAUACACCAAACAUACUACAACUAGCACCAACCACGCCCACGACGUCCCAGACCUUCACCCAGCACGCCCACGAGGUCCCAGAUCUUCACCCAGCACGCCCACGACGUCCAAGACCUUCACCCAGCACGCCCACGAGGUCCCAGAUCUUCACCCAGCACGCCCACGACGUCCAAGACCUUCACCCAGCACGCCCACGAGGUCCACGAUCUUCACCGAGCACGCCCACGACGUCCAAGACCUUCACCCAGCACGCCCACGACGUCCCAGACCUUCACCCAGCACGCCCACGAGGUCCAAGAUCUUCACCUAGCACGCCCACGACGUCCAAGACCUUCAUCUAG